CCGCCGCUGUAAGUCGCUGUUGGGCGGCGGAUCCAUGAAGCGGCGUCUGUUUGCUGGUUAAUGUUCCACCGCCUCCUUCCCUCCCCACCUCCUCCGGUAUAUUUUUUUUGCCUCUGUCUCUCUCUCACACACACUGAGCCUGUUGGUGUGUGUUUGAGAGAGGGAGGGGGGGUAGGUAUCAUGGCGGUGCUCCAGUGACUCUCAGCAAAGACUCAAGAUCAGUGUCUUUCUCUCACCGUCCCCCCCACUACACCCGUCUCUGACCAGGACCCCCCAUCGUACCGCAGUUUCCUUUUUUUUGUUUCCCUUUCUCUUUUCCCUUCUCUAACACUCAUUCCUCCUUUUACAUCGGCGGGUGGCAAGGCAGCUUUCUCGGCAUUCCCCCCCCCCCCCCCCUUUCCAUCCUCCCAACGUUGGAUUUAUGAUUCCCGUCAGCUCUUCGACAUGCAGCCUCCUCCGAGAAAGGUGAAAGUUACUCAAGAACUGAAAAACAUCCAUGCUGACCAAAUGACUAAACUUCAGGCGAAGCAUCAGGGAGAGUGUGAUUUACUGGAAGAUUUGAGGACCUUCAGUCAGAAGAGAAUUGCAAUUGAGAAGGACUAUGCUCAGGCUCUGCAGAAGCUAGCCACCCAAUAUCUUAAGAGAGAAUGGGUUGGAUUAAAACUUGAUGAAAAAAGUGAACAUAACAGGAGCAUGCUUGCAGUAUGGAAGUCCUACCUUGAAGGAACCUUACAUUUGGCCCAGUCUCGAAUUAUUGCGUCUGAAAACUAUAGGAAUCAGAUUUUGGAGCCAGCUAAAAUUAUAAAAAGUAUUAAAGAACAGCAGCUAAAAAAGUGUAUUGAUCAGCUGACAAGGAUACAAGCUGAAUUCCAAGAGACUGUGAAGGAUCUGGCAAAGUCUAAAAAGAAGUAUUUUGAGCUGGAACAGAUGGCUCACGCAGCGCGGGAGAAAGCCGAUAUAGAGGCCAAGUCAAAACUUAGUCUGUUUCAGUCAAGAAUAGGUUUACAGAAAGCAAGUGUAAAGUUAAAAGCACGACGCAGUGAGUGCAACACAAAAGCUAACCAUGCUAGAAAUGACUAUCUUCUUACACUGGCAGCUGCAAAUGCACAUCAAGAUCGCUAUUAUCAGAUAGAUCUGGUAAACAUGAUGCUGGCUCUGGAUGGGAAUUUCUAUGACCAUCUUAAAGAAUACUUGAUGGUUUUCAACAGAACAGAGCUUGAGGCCUGUCAGUCUGUACAGAAUACAUUCCAGUUGCUGGUAGAAGCUUCCAGCAAGGGAUUGCAAGAUUACAAUCUACAGCUUUUUCUGCAAGAAAAUCCAGUAUUCUUAAAACCCCAGCCAUUCCAGUUCCAGCCGAGCGAUAAUGAUAUGAGUUUUAAUACAGUGCAGCUUGUGGACAUAGACCUCUCACCAGUCAGCACUUUGCGAAUGACUUUAACAGAGAGUCGGCAAUUGGAGUAUGAAUCUGGGACCACUGAGGAACACAGCCUUAACAAGGAGGCUCGUAAAUGGGCAACACGUGUUGCACGAGAGCAUAAAACAAUCAUUCAUAGUCAAAGGGCAUUGGACGAUCUAAAGGCUCAUGGAACUGUGGCUUCAGAACAAGGGCGAAUUGAAUUGGAACAAAAAGUAGAAGAGACGAGAGAAACUAUCCGCAAGGCUGAGACAGUCAAGCUCAAGGCUGAAGCACGACUGGAGUUACUGAGACAGAUUGGAGUUGCUGUGGAUACAUGGUUGAAAAGUGCCAUGAAUCAAGUAAUGGAGGAACUGGAAAAUGAGCGCUGGGCAAGCCUCCCAUCACUCCCAAACAGUGAAUCUGUACACCUGGGCACUCUGAAUCUUGAAAAGGAUGAUGGUGAGGAAUAUGAGGACAAUAUGGAUGUGUUCGAUGAUAGCAGCUCAAGUCCUUCUGGCACAUUGCGGAUGUAUCCCCUUACCUGCAAGGUGCUGUAUUCAUAUAAGGCUAACCAACCAGAUGAGCUCACAAUUGAAGAACAUGAAUUCUUGGAAGUAAUUGAAGAUGGUGACAUGGAAGACUGGGUGAAGGCAAGGAAUAAGGCAGCUCAAGUAGGAUAUGUACCAGAGAAGUACCUGCAGUUUCCAACUUCCAAUAGUCUAAUCAGUAUGUUGCAAACUCUGGGUUCCUUGGAUGCAAGAUCUCAUUCCUCCAGCAACUCUACAGAGCCUGAUCUGGUAACUGGUGGCAUUAAUGGAGAUUCCAAUGUUUGUUUUGUGAAGGCACUUUACGAUUAUGAGGGGCAGACUGCAGAUGAACUUUCAUUCCCUGAGGGAGCUAUCAUUAGGAUACUAAACAAAGAAAACCAAGAGGACGAUGGCUUUUGGGAGGGUGAGCUUAAUGGCAGCGUUGGUGUCUUUCCUUCUGUGUUAGUGGAGGAACUGGCAGGAUCUGAGAAUGGCGACUCUCAAUGGACUGGAGACACGCAGCAGGUAUCUCCAUCCUCAAGACCACAGGCCAGUCUUCCUUCAUUACCAUUGUAUGAUCAGCCACCUUCCAGCCCUUUCAGCAGUCCAGACAAGACAGGAUCACAAUCCUUCCCCAGAUCACCUUCAGUAACAGAUCAUGAAAGCUUACUUUUGGAAGCAUCCACUAAUCAACAGCUACAGAGAUACACACCAGAAACAUCAAUUGGGAAAAUCCGACCGGUACGGGCUGCUCCACCUCCACCUACCCAGCACCAUCGUCGAAAAACAGAAAAAACAGAGGAAGUAGAAAUAACUUUGGUGUAGCAACAAAUCACCAUUGUGCAAUUAGACUUGAGACUGGAUUAUUCAGCAUUUUCUGUUUCAGAUUCCUUUAAGUUCUCCACCACCAGUACAAUGGAAUCUACAAUUCAAAAACAGUGGAUGGCAAUGGGAAAAAAGGCAGUUAUGAAGUGUGGGUCCUGAAGAAAAUUGUCGUUCCUUCUUUGUUUUACAAAUAUCAUGUGCCUUUAUAGCCACCACUUUAUAUUUCUGGUGAUUUAAACUGCUUGACCAAUCUAACUUUCAACUGGUCCAGUCUUGUUUCAAUCCUCUCUUUAAAAGACAUUUAACACAUUGCUUCAUCUGUCCCCAGUGCCGCAGAGUCUGGUACUUCUGUAAUUAUAUGACUAUUGUGCUGUGCAGGGCACAGUUUUGGAAAAGAAACUUAUGAUUCACUGGUAAAGUUCCAAUACAUAGCUUUAGAUUUCUGCACCAGUGCCUGUAGUGCCAGAUACCAAUCAUUCAUCAUUGUUUGAUGCUGAGGAAUGUAGAUAGAAGUAAAGUUUUUUUUAAAGGCACAGUUUGUGUUCUUCUUACAAUUUAUGUUGUAAAUUCAUUAGCACAUUACUGUAGCCAUAAAGUUGAACUACUUGUAAGACAUAUCUCCCUUUAGUAUUAAUCCAGUCUGUAUACAUGUAUUCAGCUGUAAUGUGCAGUAGUGUGAAUGGGCUAGAAGCAUUGAGGGAAAAAGCUUGAGUAAGCAGUGAAAUUCUUUUUUAAGAGGGGCUGGUUCCUCUCAGUAGCUCCAGUGCAAAGAAAGAAUCAGACAAAUGAGGGAAUGAAUAAAAAUAAAUGCCUCUAUCUUAACUCAAAGAGUCUUAGUUUUCCAUGGUUGUGUAUGACUAAUAUUUAUGCAAUAUUUCUAGUCAAGAAAGAAAAUACAUUAUGGACAUGUUAAAGUGGAAAACUUUAUGAAGAUAUUUUCAGUGAAGGUUUAGAGCAAUGAAUGCUUUUCAACUAAGAGGUUUUCUCCUUGAGUAUGUGUUGUCUUUCUUCUUAGUUUAAAACAAACCCUUAAAAUCACGACUUUUUAACUUAGGUAUAGUAUGUUAGUUAAUUCUCACCAGGCUGAUUAUUUUUUCAUCCAAAAAAAUUGACAUUGUACUUCCCUGAAUAUAUGACAGUAUUAUGCUGGGAGGCAUUAUUGAUUGCUGAAUAACACAAUUUCAUGACUGCAGUAAGCCAUUUGACUUUCUUGGGUGAAUAAAUUAAAUAUUUAAUUGGCAUCUUUAAAUAGGAUUGGCAGGCUUGAAGUUUAAAAACAUAGGAAACAUAUCUCCACUGAUAUAAUACAAAUGUCUGUUUAUAUUGCAUUUUGCUAGAGCACACUUCAAACUUCUGAAUUAUAUGCACACUUCAAAUUUGAUUUCACAGUCUGGGUUUCAGAUGUACACUGUGUUGAAUGUACUAAAGUUUAGGAAACUAGGAAACUGGAAAACAGGAUUAGAAGCUAAAAUAGCAUGUCAAUUGUUGGAAACUAAACACUAAAUGAAUAACUGCCAAGUGUUUUCAUACAACUGUUAGAUUCAAGUAACAGAGUAGCAGAGGUGAUGUAAUUCAAAGAUUAACUUUUCAUAGUCAAUUCUUGAAUGAUUCAGUUUGAGACAAAAGACCUCAAAUCUGUUAACUGCCACUUUUCAAGCGAUCUUUUCUCUCUUAAACUUUUGCCUUUCACAAUAAGAGUUUGAUUUGCCGGUGAACCCUUGCAUACCAAUACUGCCAGAAGAGAAAUUAAGGUUAGCAAUUGUGGUUUUAAAUUCAAUUGUAACAUUUGGUUCCUGUACUUUUUAUAGUAAGAACUUAUAGAGAACCUCAAAAUAUCUCCAUUGGGAAUCAGCUUUUGAGUCCUGCACCUUCUCACAACUGACUUGUUCCAUUAAGGCAAAAGCAAAACCAAUAUGUUCAGACACUGCAAUUCUACCUAGCUUUGUAUUAACCUUUUACCAGUAAUGUAGACAUUAGAAAGAAACUUUUGAUCCAUCUUGAUAUUCAACUCUCUAUUUCUUCAAAUCUAGAAAUCUCACUUUCCCAAUUUCAAGCUGGGUUUAUAUCAUUUUAACAAUAAAUUGAUGGGAAUUCAAUUGAAUUACCCUUUUAAUUAUCGCAUAAACUCCAAGUUUUGAUUUAGCAGCCAUUCCAUUUUGUUUUCCUUUUAUGCAGAUUAAUUUCUGUGGUACAUUUAAAUGCACACAUUGAGAUAAACAUAAUAAAGCGUUGUACAUUAUGCUGAAAUGCAAUCAAUCAUAUCACUUUUUGAUUAGAAAUACAACAUGUAGAGGUGUCAUGUUACAUGUGAUCAUUGCAUAUGUGAUUGAAACAUUGAAUGCUAAAAUCUAUAGGACAGACCUGUUGUUGCAAGCAGGGAACUCCCAUUUAAAAGACUAAACUCCAUUCCCUUUUUCACCACCUCAAAACAUGUCUGAUUCUGCCUAAGACCCCACUGAUAAAUUCGCAAUUCAUUUCAGUGGUGAUAAUUGAAUCAUUUCAGAAAUAUUUGCUAUGUUAUGCUUCCUGCUAACCAAGGCAAAUUGAUGGUGAUAGCCCUGGAGAAAUUCAUUACUGAUGGGUUGGGUCUUUCCUGCUGAAAAAUGAUAUCAAAGCAGGAAAGCAAAGAAAGUAGUAGAACAAAAUUGUGAAAUAUCAAAAAGGGGCAGGUAUUAAUGACUGCUGUUAAAGUUCAGUCUUACUGACUACACAAGUUGAUCGAGGAUUAAGACUGAAUCAGAAUUUCUGCUUAAAGUGAGUCUGUGAAAAUAGUAUGUGCAAUUUGUAUGCUUGCAUCAGGUAUGUGUUAGUAUUUCUAAAUGCUUGUCAUGGUUAAUUAAGCGGAAAAAAAGAAGCUUUGUUUGAAAGCUUUGAGGGUAGCAUAGAUUUUAUAUGCAGCAGUUUGAUCAUCUUAAAUUGAUUUGUGAUUGCAAACAUUAAACUCCAGUAGAGUCCUUACGCGAAGCCUCAUCUGGAAAAUUCACCUGUUUAUGUAACUAAUUUAGGGCAUGUUCUGAUUUCACCCUGUGGUGACCUUCACAUUGAUCAAUACUGCUAUACACUGCCUUGGGUCAUUUAGCCAUCUUGUCAGAUCUUGUGCUUUUGUCUCAUCAUGACAUGGAAGUACAUCUCCUGUUUGCCAAGAAGGGCAAGACACAGAAGUACAACUGGAGAAAUCUGAUCUUUGUUCAGUCCACCCUACUAGGAAGGAUUGUAAAUGAGGACAAGUAACAGUACUCCAAAAUAUUAAUUGUCCAAUGUUCUAAUUGAUUAUCCACAGUUAGGAAUCACCAGUUUAUUGAAGUUGCAAACAGUGUUGAAGCCUUCCAAUAUAUAAGUACAUAAUUUCACUGAUCCCCUAAUUAAAAACAGUUGUUUUGCAGAGAGGGUGCUGCAGCUUUUUACAAUGAGUUAAUAACUCAACUAUUCCUGUGUGAUUUGAUCCUUCAUUGAUGUUUGAUUAUAUAAAACCUUGGUAAUUAUUUUUAAGGCUGCUAUUGCACAACUUCUGGAAGCUGUAUAAUAGUUUAGAAAUUAGCACCUCAAAGAUAUGGAUCUGGUUUCUCAAUCAUUUUAGUAUAGACUGAGUAAAGUCAUAGCAAGUCACUGAUCAAAUAAUGGUUAGUAGAAACAAUAACUGUGCACAUUCUUUGAGUAAUUCUGUAAAACCCUCAUUAAAUAGUAUCCUACUCUCAGAAAAUUUCUUAUAGGUGUCAUUUAAAGAUACUGUACCCAUAAAUGUCUAUAUUUUAAAUGUUUGGCUCAAAGAGGUUAAGCUUAAAACUAGAAUGGUUGUGAAAUAUGUGACUGUGUAUACAUUUGGCUUAUUUGAAGCUACUGUUGUUGAGAACCUUUUGAACUAGAUGCCACAUGUUUUAGUUGUGUUUUGUAGCUCCAGAACACAGUGGAUGUACAUAUACUGCCAACAACCGAUCCUGACUUCCAUCAUUUUGGUAGUGUGGUGGUGACACUACCUGCUACAUACCUCUUGAGCUGUAGAUUCAAAUCCUGGUGAAGAACUACAGUCCAAACAUGCGUUAUAAUAUUCAGUGGCUGAGUUUAAUCACCAGGCCAAACAAACUGUAACCUUUACGAAACAUGAGACAUUUUAAUGGAAUUUACAGGAAGAAAGCACAAGUAGUUAUUGUAAUGGGAACGAAAUCAAACCAGAAACAACAUCAAAAUGUAAAGUUUUACAACAAAGAAAGGUUAUUGUUUCUCUAGAACUGCACUCUUGUAUUGUAUCACCCUAUUUUAAAUUCUUUUGUAUUCUGAAGUUCUUUUGUUUACUUUUAUGAUGUUUACAGACCAUAUUUUUAUAGCCUGAUAAUAUUGCUGUUGCCAACUCAUCCAAACUUCAUUGAUAUCCCCUUACUUCAUUUGCCUAUGAAUUAUUUGAAAGUUUGCCCCAUUUUAUAUUUUUCUCAUGUUUUGAAAUUGCAUUUAUGCUCUAAAUUAAGAACCAAGUGGUUUCAAACUAUGUUCCCUUUUAGUUGUCUACACAUUAGGCUUAUUUUCCAUAUUAUACAUUGUACAGUUGUCAGUACUUCAAGCAGAGAAAGCAAAUGUGCAAAAUGUUUUCUGCAGUGUAUUGGCUGUUAAAAUUUGUAUUUAUUAUGUACAAAUGUUAAAUAAAAAUUUGAAACUUUA